CGGGCCGCCCCCCUCGGCCCCGCGUCCCCUCCCCCGCUGGCGGGGCCCGGACAGAAGAUGGUGCAGAAGAAAACAACCGAACUUCAGGGCUUUCACCGUUCGUUCAAGGGGCAGAAUCCUUUCGAGCUGGCCUUCUCUCUAGACCAGGCCCACCACGGGGACACCGACUUCAGCCUGGAGUGCACAGCUCGCCCUGAUAUGCCUGUGAGCCAGCCCAUCGACAUCCCAGAUGCCAGGAAGAGGAGCAAGAAGAAGAAGCGCUGCCGGGCCACCGACAGCUUCUCGGGCAGGUUUGAAGAUGUCUACCAGCUGCAGGAAGAUGUGCUGGGGGAGGGUGCCCAUGCCCGGGUGCAGACCUGUGUCAACCUCAUCACCAACCAGGAGUACGCAGUCAAGAUCAUUGAGAAGCAGCCAGGCCACAUUCGGAGUAGGGUGUUUCGGGAGGUGGAGAUGCUGUAUCAAUGCCAGGGACACAGAAAUGUUCUGGAAUUGAUCGAGUUCUUUGAGGAAGAGGACCGCUUCUACCUGGUGUUUGAGAAGAUGCGGGGCGGCUCCAUUCUGAGCCACAUCCACAAGCGGCGGCACUUUAACGAGCUGGAGGCCAGCGUGGUCGUGCAGGACGUGGCCAGCGCCUUGGACUUCCUCCAUAACAAAGGUGGGUGGUGGGGCUGGCCUGCAGGGCUGCCUGCCUCUGGUCCUUCUUGCCCACGGGUGUUCUCUCUGACCUGUCAGCCUGCCCAGGACUCCUGGGAGGUGCACCCAACCCCACGCUUCCUCACUCCUGAUUUCUCCACAGGCAUCGCCCACAGGGACCUAAAGCCCGAAAACAUCCUAUGUGAACAUCCCAACCAGGUCUCCCCUGUGAAAAUCUGCGACUUUGACCUGGGCAGCGGCAUCAAGCUCAACGGAGACUGCUCCCCCAUCUCAACCCCGGAGCUGCUCACCCCGUGCGGCUCCGCCGAGUACAUGGCCCCCGAGGUGGUGGAGGCCUUCAGCGAGGAGGCCAGCAUCUAUGACAAGCGCUGCGACCUCUGGAGCCUGGGCGUCAUCCUCUACAUCCUGCUCAGCGGUUAUCCCCCCUUCGUGGGCCACUGCGGCAGCGACUGCGGCUGGGACCGCGGCGAGGCCUGCCCCGCCUGCCAGAACAUGUUGUUUGAGAGCAUCCAGGAGGGCAAGUAUGAGUUUCCCGAGAAGGACUGGGCCCACAUCUCCUUUGCUGCCAAAGAUCUCAUCUCAAAGCUCCUCGUCCGUGACGCCAAGCAGAGGCUGAGUGCUGCACAGGUCCUGCAGCACCCCUGGGUGCAGGGGUGUGCCCCUGAGAACACCCUGCCCACACCCAUGGUCCUGCAGAGGAACAGCUGUGCCAAAGACCUCACAUCUUUUGCGGCCGAGGCCAUCGCCAUGAACCGGCAGCUGGCCCAGCGAGAGGAGGACGCGGCCGAGGAGGCCGGGCAGGGCCAGCCCGUGGUCAUCCGAGCUACCUCACGCUGCCUGCAGCUGUCCCCGCCCUCCCAGUCCAAGUUAGCCCAGCGCCGGCUGCAGCAGCAGCGUGCCAGCCUGUCUGCUGCCCCCAUGGUCCUGGUGGGGGACCACGUGUGACCCCCUCCCUCUCCUCUGUACAUAGGUCCCCCUACCCCACCGUCAAAUCUAAAGAUUUUUUUAAGCUAUUGCCAGCCGGUGAAGAGCGGCUGCCCUCCCUGAACACCCCUCCCCUGCUGGGUUUCUAGGUAUGAAGCUCAGCUGGGGUUGGUUUUAUAUAAGGUUUUUGCUGUUGGGUUUUUUUCCCUGUUUUUCUGUCCCCCUGCCCCUUUUUUCCCCCUUUUUUACUCUGUUAGAAACAAAGCAGGCGCCCUGGAGGAGAGCGGAGGGUGUGUGUGGCUGGGUUUGCCCCCUCCCUGCUGCCCCAGCCCCAGAUGCUCAUCUGUUACUGUGAAAGCCCCCCCACCCCACCCCAGCUGGGACUCAGGAGGGGAGGGCUUUGCUGUCUUCCAGAGCUGGGGUGUCCUUCCCAGUGCUCCCGUGUUUUCAGGGAUGGCUGUCCAUGCUUCCUUUCAUCCCUCACCCCAAAGAUGCCCUGGUGGCUUGGUGGAGGGCUGGGACCCCUUGGGUCCCUCUUGUCACAAGAGAGGGAGAGGCAUGGGCACCGGCAGGCGGGAUAGACAGAUGCCCACCAGGUACCCCACCCCCCACCCCUGCUGUCUCUGUCCUAAUGAGACUGACAAUCGGGGCUUCCUUGAACCUUGACCUUAAACUGCAGCUGUUGCUGGGGGGCACACCCCUGCCUCUACCCUCCCCGCCAGGGACUCUGUCCAUCCAGGAGGGUGGCACCAGAGGAUGUGGGAGGAGCUGGACCGGCACCCGUCAGCCAACUUGGGGGUCCCACAGACCCCCCCCACCUGGGCACCCAAGUGCCCCUUCUCAGGGCUCAGUCUGACCUUGGCCACGUCCUGCCUCCCCUUCAUUCCCUCUUAGAUCUGUAAUGGGAGCUCUGUCAGCCCCCCCCCCUUUGGAGAUGGCCUGACCCUGGGGGUCUCUUGUAUCCCCCACCCCAAGGGCAGCCUUUCUUUGCCCAACUUCAGGAAAUGGGUCGAGCUACUGCAGCCUCCCAGGAAUCAUGUCCCCGCGCCCGCCCAGCGCCAGGUCAGAUGUCUUGUGACCACCAGGCUCCGGGAGACCUCAGUGGCCCUUGGCCCUUGGGCAUGAAACACUAUGCAAUACAGGCUUCCUUCCUCCCUUUUUCUACGUGCACACGAGCUUCCACCUCAGCAGGGCCCCCAGCAGCUCUCUGGCUUCUAGUCUAUCCUGUCUUGUUGGUUUUUGAAAAACAUCGGUUGACUUUGCUUCCCUGUUCUUGAAGAAUACUUGAAUGUCGGGGGGCCUCAUGGGUCCAAGGCUUGGACGCUAUCUCUAUCUCUGGCCCCCCAAGUCUCCUCCAGUGUGGUCUGGGGUGGUUGGUGGGGAUGGCCAGGCCCCCUGGAUCUGUGGACCCUCCUUUCCAAAGAGAUCCUGAGUGUGGGAGGGCACCUGCCCCCCAUCAUUUCUCGCCCAUCCGUGAUUCCACAUUUUGCAGCUGGGGUUUCUUUGCCUUUAUGUAAAAAGGAAACAAACAGACCCCACCCGCAGCAGGCACCAAGGCCAUUUUAAUCUAGAAAGCUGAGCUGUGAGCAGCUUUAUUUUUUUCCCAAGGUGGGACAGCCGCUCCCUCUUGGCCUGUGGCUUCGGCAGACAGUGCAGCCGGAGGCUGGUCAGAGCGUAACUGUGAAUGAGUGAGGACCCUGGGGCGCUGGGAACAGGGGCACAUCAUGGCAGUGUUUCAAUGUUACCAUGGUGAAGAAAAAAAAGAGACAAAAUUUAUACAAGUGGGGGAAAAACAUCCAAGCACUUUAACUCCACUGUACCAGGUAAACUGAUACAGCUCAAGUUUUCCUUUACACCAACUGUCAAUGCCGGAAUUUUGUAUUCUGUUUUGUAAGGAUUUAAUAAAAGUCAUAAAACCACUCUGUGCCAGCCUCCGGUUCCUGGUGCCACUUGGUAAUAAGCUGCCCCAAACUGGUGGCGCAAAACUAUCCCAUCCUUUCCAGCGAGGCCGAGCUAGGAAUUUGGAUGGAGCACUAUGAAGCAAGGCGCCUCCUGCCCCAGCUUGUCUGGAUCUGUGGCCAGACACUGGUCACCCACAGGCUAGGGCUGGACUGGACUGGACUGGGAGCGAGGUGCGUGGGUCUUGGAGACAGCGGCUGCCCUGCAGGCCUGGCCUCAGGAGCCUGCCUUGUCACCUGCCACAUCCCCGUGGUGGUCACAGGUUCAAGAGGAGGGCUUGGGGGGUCGUGUCUCUUUUUGAUGGAAGGGGAGCAAGGGAGAAGCCCUUCUUGGAGAAGGGCUCAGGGGAGGACGCCGUGUGAUGGCUGCCUUGGAACAGUGCAGCGAACCAAACCCAGUAUUCAAGCCUCCGCUGCAUGCAGCUGGCCCCCUCUUGGUUCCACCCCUCAGCCGUAAGUGCUUGCUGUAUACAGACUCUAUGCUGGCUCCCUUG